AUGGCGCUGAAUACGUGGACAGCCACUUGUGCUGUGUUUUUUACAUGGUAUACGUUUGUGGUAUUCAUUAGUCUUCUCGGCGUUUGGGGUAUUUACCAGCGAACAAAACGUGUCGAAAGUUUGGGAAAAGCGUCCGAGAUCGAGGGUGAUCCGAUACCUGUGACCAUUCUUAGACCCCUGAAGGGAAUUGACCCCCUCUUAUAUGACUGUCUGAGAUCAUCUUUCGUUCAGUCAUACCCGUUCGAGCUCAUUUUUUGUCUUGCUUCUGCAGAUGAUCCGGCGUACCAGGUUGUUCAACAACUGCUAGCCGAGUUCCCGAAUACUGACGCGAAGGUUCUUGUGGGCGACGAAAGCUAUGGUCCUAAUCCUAAAGUCAACAAUCUAACAAAGGGGUUCAAGGCAGCAAAACACGACUUACUUUGGGUGCUGGACUCCAAUGUUUGGGUUUCUCCGAACACGCUUGGCCGGGCUGUCCGUCAUUUCGCUGACCCAAAAGUUGGAUUGGUCCACCAUGUUCCUAUUGCUGUUGCAUUGGGCCACGGCUCGGGGUCUAGACUCGAGGAAAUGUACCUUCUCACAUCGCACUCCAAGUUUUACACUGGCAUCAACGAGCUAGGCAUUGCCCCCUGCGUCACUGGAAAAUCUAACCUCUAUCGUCGAUCUGACUUGGAUAGAGCUACGAGCUCGCUGUUUGGCGAGGGCAUGCAAAAGUUCGCGCUGUAUAUUUCUGAGGACCAUCUUAUUGCUGAAGCACUCUGGUCCACCGGCCUCAGAACCCGUUUAGCGAACGAACAAGCAAUUCAACCGAUAGCAGACGCGACUGCUCAGGCAUAUAUCGACCGAAGAGUCCGAUGGAUUCGCGUGCGUAAACACAUGGUUGUGGCGGCCACUCUAGUUGAGCCCACUACCGAAGUACUGCUAUCGGGACUUAUUGGGGCCUGGACGGCAGGCAACCUUUGGUUCGGCGGAUUCUCAUGGCUCUGGCUAGUCAUUCAUGUCAUUCUGUGGUGUUCGAUAGACUAUCUCAACUUCCACAACUUUACUUGUUUCGCAAACAUCUCAGGCCAGAACCGCCCCUUCUUUACCCGACAGUACUUUAGUCCUGAUCACUCCAUGUGCGGCAAACCUCGCAAAUUGACUGACUGGCUGCCAACAUGGGUCGGCCGUGAGUUGUUGGCUUUGCCGAUCUGGAUAAAGUCCAUGUGCGGCUCCCGGAUCGAGUGGCGGAAUCGGCCUUUCAAAAUCAGACGUGAUCUAGUCGCAGAAGAGAUCACAAACUAG